AUGGAUUCAAAGAGACAGUAACAGAUACCUAUAGGUUCUUGGCUGCCAGCACGAGCAUCUACACAUGCAUUCACGCAAUAUCCAUGUACACGCCAAUCGACGGCCACCAUUUGCCAACAGGGUGGCUGAUGACAGGCCCUGACCGUUUCCCCUCCCUCUUUGCGAAGACAUGACACCUGCUGCUGACUCAGCAAGUAUCACAGCCUGCUGCUGACUCAGCAAGUAUCACAGCCUCGCAUGCAGGAGUUGGAAAUCAGAGACCCAGGCUCCGUCAACAGCCACCCGCGCACACAACUCAUUGCUUAUUCCUAUACGAUAGAUCCAUCCAUCCAUCCCCUUCCUUGACACAAGACAAGCCAACAGAGGGGAGGCCCGACAGGCAGCACGACAACAAAAGUGAGGCAGUGAUCGAUCACUUCGAGCAGCAUAGGUAUUGACAUUAGCAGCAGAGAAAGAAGGCGAGUGAGGCGAGAACGAGACUGCCGUGAUGAGCGAGUCAGAGAGGCAGCCGUCAGUUGCAAAAAGGAACGAACACGAGGAGGCAGACACAAAGGUGCAAUACAUAGAAGAUAGAAACGGUCUGUCGCUCGUCAGUCAGUCAGUCAGUCACUAAGCACGACCGGGUCUUUGCCUUUCCUGCCGCCCGCUCCCGAGGCUCCCUGAUUGAACUGUAAUGAAACAGGCGGGCCAAACAACUCGCCACCCAUGUCCUCCUCCAUCUGCUCGUUCCUCCUCGGCUUGCCGCCCCGCCUGCCGCCGCCGUCCUGCCCCUCCUCGCUGUUGUUGGAGCUCAUCCCGCCCCUCCCUCGCCUCGGCCGACCGUUGGACCGCCCCCGCCGCUCCAGAUCUUCCCCUCGUUGCCUGGCGCCGGCCGCCUCAUCGUCUCGUGGUGCGGCCGACGGCUGGGGUCUCUGGGCGGAGGAGGAGGGCUGGUCCGUCUGGUGGGGUGGGGGGGCGGCGCUCGAUGACGACGUGGCCUCUGGGGUGCCGUACUCGCCGUGCUCGAGCUUCUCCUGGACGAGUGACUUCUUGCCGUGUACUCUGAAUCCGAAGAUCUUGGGUACGAAUGGCGUGGGGAAGUCGAGCGGGACUAGGUUGGCGUAUGUCUGGAGGAAGAUGUGGGGGAAGGAUGUGCCGAAGUAGGCCCCGUCCAUGUCCUCGCCAACCUUGCUGGCCUUGGGCGUGUAGACCUCCUGGCACUUGGGGCAGUAGGUCUUGACCCGGCUGCUCCGCAGCUCCUCAGACAGCCCAAUCGGCAGCGCAUUCUGCCGCUCACAGAGCACUCGGGGGCAGUAGCCGAAGCCGCCCUUGAGGAACUUCUCCUUCAUCAGAGUCAGGCCGCGGGGCGACGUGAUGAACCGCUGGUGGAUCAAACCAUACAGGUCCGUCGCACAACGAUACACCUCCUGCAGUAAGGGAGGGAGGGAGGGAGGGAGCCAACACAACACACCCCACAGACAGACACAGACAACAACGAGAGAGAGAUGCGACGUACGUGAGUGGCGUGCAUGUAUGCGUGUAUGCAUACGGCGUCCUGUCAGCCGCCACUCUCUCCAGUGCAUGCCUCUUCCCUCCCUCCCUGUCUGCCUGUCUGUCUGCCUCUGUGUUGCCACCCGCUCAGCUGACCACGAAGUCAGGGUCGACGAGGUCGUCAUCAUCUGGCGCCUCCGGUGCGAGUAUCAUGUCGAGUGCCUUGUCAUAGUUGUUUACCCGCGGCCUGAGCCCGUAAAGGUUGAAGUUGUCCUUGAUGUAGUCCUCAUCGACCUCCACGAAGAAGUCGUGUCCCUCGAGGCUGCAGAACCACUGAAUCCAUCCCGCCUCGCUGCACUCGUCGUCGUCAUCCUCCUCAUCGAUGCCGUGGCGGUCAUACGUGUACAGGGACAUCCCUCACCGCCGGAAUCACUCACAACCACAGAGCAAGCCAAGUCGGGCAGAGAGGCGAUUGAUGGGCAACACAGGACAGAAACUGCCAGAGAGGCGUUCCGAUGAAGAGAUCUCUUUCUUCCUUCC